UAGAAACUACGCAGACGCUUGUUGCCUAGAAAGGAUGUCCCAACAAACUGAUAUGAACUCGUUUUCUGGUGGGAUGAAUAGGUACAACUUUUAUGAAACCUCUUACCAAGAAAGGUCAAUCCGAAAAUCUCUUACCCUCUACUCUAUAAAUUGAAACACACAACUUCCAUAAACCUUAACCAUAUACUUCAAUCUAUUUUCACACCACAAAAACUCUCUCUCUCUCUCUCUCUCUCUCUCUCUCUCUCUCUCUCUCUCUCUCUAGUACUCUUCCAUAAACCUUCACUCUAACAACAAUCAUCUUCAUAAUCAUGAAGCAAAAGGUGGUCAUCAAGGUUUCUCUAAACGAACAAAAGUGUCGCACCAAAGCCAUCAAGACUGCAGUUGGAAUUGAUGGAGUGAUACAAGCAACACUUCAGCAAGAGAAGAAUCUAAUAGAGGUAACAGGAGAGGACAUCGACGUGGUGUUGCUCACCACUCUGCUCAGAAAGACCAUGAAAUACGCCGAAGUAGUAAGCGUGACUGUCAUCGAUAAGGCCGCAGAGGAGAAGAAGAAGAAGGAAGAAGAGGAAAAGAAGAAGAAGGAAGAGGAAGAAAAGAAGAAGAAGGAACUCGCAGCUAAUGCUAAGUACUAUUAUUAUCAACCUUAUUGCUCAAGCUCUGCAUCUUAUUGCCAAAUGUCUCAGCCUGGAUACGUCUCCUACAGCAUACCCUAUCAGGAACCCUCCCAACCUUGCUCCAUUAUGUAAUUUCAAAGAUAUUCCAAAACAGCAGGGACAAAAGGGAUGUGGCCAUUUUUCAAAUUCAUCUGAAGCUGGACUAGUUUAUAAUUCAUCCAGCCUAAGAAUUGAAGAUUAAAAAGGACUUCUAUUUUGACAUUCAAAGUAAAAUUCAAAGAUGGUGCUAAUCAAUUAAGCUUCUUGCAUCUUUCCGGGAGACCUCAGUGAUCGAUUUUUUAUUGGAUGUCUGUUUCAUUCUUUAGGUUGUUUGAUAUAUGUAAGUGUACUGGUAAUUAGAACAGAGUUGUGUAAUUGUAUUCAAUAUGAAGUUUACAGGAACAGGGAAUGGGAUUUGUAAAUUGAAAUUGAACAAUAUGGAAUAUAUUGAUUGGUGUUUUCUCUUA